GGGGUUAGAAUGUAAUGAGGGCGUGGCCACGUGGUUGCAUCAAAGUGUUCGCACGCUGUUCGUGGUUCUUGACAGCAAAAUGGCGACGGUUGGCUACGAUGCGGCUGCGGAUCCGGAGAUGGACUCGCUCAGCGAUGAGGAGCUGGAAAGGGAAGCUGAGGGCUACAAAGAGCAGGGAAAUGCUUUUUACGUUAAGAAGGACUACUCUGAAGCAUUCAACUACUACACCAAGGCCAUUGAUCUGUGCCCAAAGAAUGCCAGUUACUAUGGCAACCGUGCAGCUACACUGAUGAUGCUGAGUCGCUACAGGGAGGCUCUGGAGGACUCCCAGCAAGCUGUGCGGUUAGACGACGCAUUCAUGAAGGGUCACUUACGGGAGGGCAAGUGCCACCUGUUGCUCGGCAAUGCCAUGGCUGCCAGCCGCUGCUUCCAGAAGGUUCUGGAGCUGGAGUCCGACAACAGCCAGGCUCAGCAAGAACUAAAGAAUGCAGAGUCCAUUUUGGAGUACGAGCGAAUGGCUGAGAUCGGCUUUGACAAACGAGACUUCAGAAUGGUGGUGUUCUGUAUGGAUCGAGCUCUGGAAUCGGCCUCUGCGUGUCACAGAUUUAAGGUGUUGAAGGCGGAAUGCCUGGCGCUGCUCGGCCGCUACCCAGAAGCUCAGUCUGUUGCCAGUGAUAUCUUACGGAUGGAUUCUACUAACGGUGAUGCCCUGUAUGUAAGGGGUUUGUGUUUAUAUUAUGAAGACUGUAUUGAUAAGGCUGUACAGUUCUUCAUUCAGGCACUGCGCAUGGCACCGGACCAUGAGAAGGCCCGUCUGGCCUGCAGAAAUGCCAAAGCUCUGAAGGCUAAGAAAGAAGAAGGGAACCAGGCUUUUAAAGAGGGCAAUUUUGAGGAGGCCUAUGGGCUCUACUCGGAGGCCCUGACCAUCGAUCCGAACAACAUCAAAACUAAUGCCAAGCUUUACUGCAACCGAGCCACCGUCGGCUCCAAGUUAAAGAAACUGGAGCAGGCCAUAGAAGACUGCACAAAAGCCAUUAAACUGGAUGAGUCCUAUAUUAAAGCGUACUUGCGAAGAGCCCAAUGUUAUAUGGACACAGAACAGUAUGAAGAAGCUGUGAGGGACUAUGAGAAAGUCUAUCAGACAGAGAAAACUAAAGAACAUAAGACUUUAUUGAAGAACGCUCAGCUGGAGCUGAAGAAGAGUAAACGGAAAGAUUACUAUAAAGUUCUAGGUGUGGACAAAAAUGCUACAGAAGACGAGAUCAAGAAAGCGUACCGCAAACGAGCCCUUAUGCAUCAUCCAGAUCGGCACAGUGGUGCGAGUGCCGAGGUACAGAAGGAGGAGGAAAAGAAGUUUAAAGAAGUGGGCGAGGCCUUUACUGUGCUCUCAGACCCCAAAAAGAAAUCUCGUUAUGACAGCGGCCAUGAUCUGGAGGACGACGACAUGAACAUGGAUUUCGAUGCCAACAACAUUUUCAAAGCGUUCUUUGGUGGCCCUGGUGGUUUCAGUUUCGAAGCAUCUGGACCUGGAAAUUUCUUUUUCCAGUUUGGCUAACUGUCCAUCCUCCCGCAUGUAUGCAGUCGACCCACACGGCCUCCAGAACCAACCCCCAAAACAGACUCACCUGUCCCACACAUUCAUACACACACUCCCCUCUACAACUGUGUGCUGUACCGCAGGGUGAAGGGUCUAGGACCAGCAUACAGUCAUUCUGUAAACAGCAAUUUUAAAAACGACACAAUGAAGAGCCCACCAGUCCUCUGCAGUCCUCUCUGACCACACUUCCGAUUGCAAUUUGUUCCUCACUGCAGCAUCGUGAACAGCUGCACAUAUGUUUCGGUAUUGUUUUUUUCUUUAAAUUAAAAAUGGCCCUAGUUAAUUAACCACCCUAGCAAAAUUUGCUUUUCCCACAUUUGUUUGGUUGUGGAACCAAGAUUGGGUUCUCAGAAUGUAGAAGGUGCUACAUAUUGACUGACAACGUCAUUCGCAGCAUUCAUUACAUCAAUGCCGGAUUUGUACAUCUCUUCUGUUCUUGCUCCUCACUAUGCUGAUUUCAGUGCCAGUUAUUACCAAGGUUUGUGCUUUGGGCCUUGUGAUGCCGGUAGGAAGGACUGUAUAACAAGUACCUCAUAUCAAAAUGAACAAAAACGUUCCCAGAGGAAACUCGUUUCAGUUGUUUUUAUCUUCUCAAUUGCUGAUACCAUUACAUGCCAAAUUAUAUUGUUAAUUUUUUUUCUUCAAGUAAGCAUUCUAAAACAAGUUGGGCUAAAGUCCUAGCUUGUUAUAUUUGUACUCUCCAUGCUUGCAGUAGUUAAGAUCUGGUGUUCCAGUUCCCUCUAGUGGUUCCCUCCAAACAUACAAGCUCCACAUUUCAACAUCACCAUUCUACCAUUGCUGCAUUGUACAUUUUACUGGAAUGUAAAGUGGUUCUCUUCGUGUUGAUAGUUGAUGACUGUUUAAAAAUAAUAAUUUUUUUUAACUAUAAAAUGUAUUCAUUUUUUGAUAAUAUUUAUUGUAAAUUCUCGAUCCGGACGUGAGCCGUUGAGAUGUUGUGUGAAUGUUCAUUAGCUACACGAGGAUCUUAGACGGUGAUCUGUGAGGCACACGUUGGAGCCAUGCACUCUGGUUUUGCUGAGCCUGAUUAAAGAUUGCAGCUCCUUAGCUAUCUAUGUGGAGGAGUUGCUGGAAGACCUGAGUGCAAACCCCGACAGUGCCAUCAAAGGAUGCUCUAGGAUGGGGUUCUUCAGUUCCUGUCCUUGAGAAACAGAGUCCAGCACAGUUUUCCCUGCUCAAUACACAUGAUCAAGUGUAUUCCCAGUUAAGUGCAGGGUGAACAAUUAUCAAACUGUGCUAGGGUCUGGAUUUGGAGAACCCGGUUCUAAGACUAAGUUCAAAACCUCAUACUAUGUUAAUGUUGUUUUGGAUGUAGUCUGUAUCCUUUUUGGAAAAAGUUCAUUCUGGAUGUUUAAAUGUCUACCCUGCAUGUAUACUUGAAUUUUAUUGGCCAUUUGUUUUAAGCUAAGUAACUAAUACAAGGGAAAUUCCCGGAUGUAACCUUCGUGUACUUAUCAGAAUUUAAGUAUGGGUCUUGGAAAAACGGUUUUGUUCUCCUUGAAUUACACUUGUUAAAAUGACUCAUGUUGCCUGUCCUAAGAUCCUCAUGGUGCAAAGUCAGAAGAGAAACAUUCACAUUGCUCUGGCUCGUGCUAAAGGAACAGUCUUGAUUAUGGACCGUUUUUGAAAAUAACCAUGUAAAUAAACUUAGCCUGUUUUCUGUUUUCCCCAUU